AUGGUACUGUACGAACCAAACCUAUGGCCCAAACAUCUACCACGUGCUCCCUUGAUUUACAGUGGAGACAGCGAAAAGUGUCGGAGAAAGAGUAAUAUUCGCCGUGCUGAUUUUCUGCAUACACGUGAAGUUAGACUGGUCAUACGAUCAGGUUUUGCAGUUCGAUGCUGCGCCUCCUCCACCACCACCAGCUCGAACUUGUCAACCUAUCUAUCUAAGGCCACCCCGCUCCAAGUUGAGCGCUCAAGACCGCCUCGAGCCAGAGCGUGCGCAGGAUCAAGCGCAGGAGCGAGGGAGGGCGCGAGCACGAGACGAAACCACCCAGCAAGAGCGAAGGAAAUCGCUCGGCGACUAGAAGCCGAAGCAAAACAGCAUGUAUGGUGUUCCAGAUAUGAGCAGAAUGGACGUCUGAAAUAUCUAGCGUUAAUCGCCGUGGAAGCCAAGUAUGAGCUCUGGGAGAUGCCCGACCGACACGGGUGUUUCUCUCACAAGAUCACCUGGCCAUGGUCAAUCGAUCAGGAAAGAAGUGCGCCACCCCUGUCAACAAAAGACGAUUCCUCGAGACAGAAUCUCAAGUUCAUAAAUAUUGGACGAACAAACAAGACAUCUGAAGGGGUUGCGCGACGAUACCAAGAGAUUACGUCUUCCCUCGGGAACGACGGCCUUAGCUGGAGCGAGUGUCAUGAGUUCCUGCGGCAAUUCACAAGUGACAUCAUAAAUUCAUGGGGAGACUCAGAGUUUCGCGAAGAUCUCGAGGCCCAAAAUCUCGAGACUGGUGCCGAGGCGCCGACGUGGGACGUCAUCAUUGCCAACCGGAAACUUUGCGAACGGAUCAAAGCUGAGCGGAUCGAAGCCGAACGGAUCGAAGCCGAGCGAAUUGAAUCUAAGCGGAUCGAAGCCGAGCGCCUCGAACGGAGAGUCCACGAGCGUAGCAAGAGCUAUUCCGCUCCCAGGCUCGAUGCUGGGCCUACCUAUGGCUAUAGCGACGUAGGCGAUCAUUACUUCGGGGGCAGGUUUGACUCUGGCGGAAAAGGUGGUGAUAGCGGAGGAGGUCGUGAUAGUGGAGGAGGUCGUGAUAGCGGAGGAGGUCGUGAUAGUGGAGGAGAUCGUGAUAGCGGAGGAGGUGGUGAUAGCGGAGGAGGGUGGUGA